AUGUCAUUUGAAGCAGACUUAGCUAAGGAACUGGGGCCAGAGCCCGAUUACUCAGGCAUGACAGAGGAAUGGAUCAAGAGUUGGAAAGGUAUGCAACUAAUCACAGAAGUCAACUUCCGUCUAUCCAAAUCCCCUGUUGCGUUCCAACAGAAUCAAGACCUGAUGGAACGCUUCUUCUGGGACGAAGGCUCCGUGAAGGAGUACCAGAAUGGCUUGAGACACAUCUUUACCGGCCAGCCAGAGCUCAGGGCAAAAUUCGCCACUUUUCUCGAAGCGCCUAUCGAGACCCCGGCUCAGCAGGAAGAGGCAAAAGCGCGGCUUUGCGAAAUUGUUGGUAUCGCAGGGCAGAUGCGACGCAAGCAAGAGUUCGUGAGCAACAUGGAAACUAAGUUCUUUCAAGCCAUAAAGGUACCCAAGCUCCGCAUCGAUUCCUUCCGCAAUGUUAUGGUCAUGUCACUCAUAGACCGGGAUAGACACGCCUCGGGCACGUAG